AUGCUGAGGAGCGCCCUGGUGUGCGCUGUGCUCGCACUCGUGCUCGCCCAGCCCUUCCCCUGCCCUAAAACCUGCAAGUGUGUGGUCCGCGAUGCGGCGCAGUGCUCGGGCGGCAGCGUGGCUCGCAUCGCCGAGCUGGGUCUGCCCACGAACCUCACGCACAUGCUGUUCUUCCGAAUGGACCAGGGCGUGUUGCGGAACCACAGCUUCAGUGGUAUGACAGUCCUGCAGCGCCUGAUGCUUUCAGAUAGCCACAUUUCCGCCAUCGACCCCGGCACCUUCAAUGACCUGAUAAAACUAAAAACCCUCAGGUUGACGCGCAACAAAAUCUCUCAUCUCCCAAGCCCGCUCCUGGAUAAGAUGGUGCUCUUGGAACAGUUGUUCUUGGACCACAAUGCACUAAGGGACCUUGACCAAAACCUGUUUCAGAAACUGAUCAACCUGCAGGAGCUCCGUUUGAACCAAAAUCAGCUCGCUUUUCUUCCUGCCAACCUUUUCACGAGCCUGGGGAAGCUGAAGGUGUUGGAUUUAUCGGGAAACAACCUGACCCACCUGCCCAUGGGAUUGCUUGCGGCGCAGGUUAAGCUUGAGCAACUGCUACUCUACUCAAACCAGCUCGCAUCUGUGGGUUCGGGGCUGCUGGGCAACCUCGGCGCCCUGAUGGAGCUGCGGCUGGACCGGAAUCACCUCCGCUCGGUCGCACCCGGUGCCUUCGACGGCCUCGGAAACCUGAGCUCCUUGACUCUGUCCAGAAACCGCCUGGAGUCUCUGCCGCCCGAGCUCUUCCUUCGUGCGAGCAGCGUGACUCGGCUGACCCUGUUCGAGAACCCUCUGGAGGAGCUCCCGGAGGUGCUGUUCGGGGAGAUGGCCGGCCUGCGGGAGCUGUGGCUGAACGGCACCCGGCUGCGCACGCUGCCCGCCGCCUGCUUCCGCAACCUGAGCGGCCUGCAGACGCUGGGAGUGACCGGGAACCCGCGCCUGAGCGCGCUCCCGCGCGGCGCGUUCCAGGGCCUGCGGGAGCUGCGCGUGCUCGCGCUGCACGCCAACGCCCUGGCCGAGCUCCCGGAGGAUGCGCUGCGCGGCCUCGGCCGCCUGCGCCAGGUGUCGCUGCGCCACAACCGGCUGCGGGCCCUGCCCCGCGCGCUCUUCCUCAACCUCAGCAGCCUCGAGACCGUGCAGCUGGAGCACAACCAGCUGGAGACGCUCCCUGGAGACGUGUUCGCGACCCUGCCCCAGCUGACCUACGUCCUGCUGGGCCACAACCCCUGGCUCUGCGACUGUGGCCUGUGGCCCUUCCUCCAGUGGCUGCGGCAUCAUCAGGACCUCCUGAGCCACGACGAGCCCCCGCUGUGCCGUGGCCCGGAGCCACGCGCGGGCCUGUCGUUCUGGGACCUGCUGCAGGGUGACCCGUGGUGCCCGCACCCUCGAGGCCUGCCUCUCAACCCUGCAGCCGACAACGCUCUGGAAGUCCCGGUCCCAUCCCAGCUACCUAACAGCUCACAGUCCCGCGCGUGGGUCCAGCUGGUGGCCAGGGGUGAAGGUCCCGAUCUUCGCCUCUACUGGGGUCUUUAUAUUCUGCUUUUAGUAGCUCAGGCCGUCAUAGCCGGGAUCAUCGUGUUUGCCAUGAUUAAAAUCGGCCAGCUGUUUCGAACAUUAAUCAGAGAGAAGCUCUUGUUUAAGGCAAUGGAAAAAUCGUGUGACUAA